UUACUUUAAGGAAACGGGAAAACCAGAGUAAACUAAACCCAGUUGCCAAUUUGCUCUUCACCAAACACGCACAGCGACAGAUCGAGAAGCCAGAGGGAGCUGCUGAAAAUUCAAUGCGCCAAUCAUUGCGGCGCAGCGGCACCAGCAGCAACCAGGGGCUCAUCAUCCGUUCUUCUCCUGGCAGUAAAUGAGCAGUGCAAGUUCUUCAUUUCUCUUUGCAACUUCGGCUGAAUUGGUGGGGAAAAGACGAUAUUGGCGAGAUAAUUUAACACCGGAAGAGGGCUUCACAAAUCACCGGGCGAGCUAGAGAGAGAGAGAGGGGGGCCGAGGGGAACAAACCACGACUGGAAAAAGGCCGCAGAAGAGAAGGGGGAAACAGGAGAGAGAAAGGCGAGGAACUUUUCGUUGGAUCCUUCGCUUUUGGGGACGAAGGAGGAGAAGGUCUCUGUCCCUCUCCACCUCCACCUCCCUUCUUGGCUGGGGAGCAGCAGGAGGAGGAGAUGUUCCCCCCUGGCCUGAUCCACCACCGCGCGGACGGCCCGGGGCCCGGCGAGGUGCCGCGCUCCGGCGGCGCGCCCAGCCUCGUGCUCACGGCGGACCCCAAGCCCAGGCUCCGGUGGACGGCCGACCUCCACGAGCGCUUCGUCGACGCCGUCGCCCAGCUCGGCGGGCCCGAGAAAGCAACACCAAAAACUAUCUUAAGGACAAUGGGUGUAAAGGGACUCACGCUGUUCCACUUGAAGAGUCAUCUUCAGAAAUACAGAAUGGGGAAACAAACUGGCAAAGAGACGCCGGAGCAAUCUAAAGAUGGGUCCUAUCUUCUUGAUGCUCAAGGUGGAAUGAGCCUGUCUCCCAGAGUUUCUACCCAAGAUGCGAAAGAAAGUCAAGAAGUUAAAGAAGCCCUGAGAGCACAGAUGGAAAUGCAACGAAGCCUGCAUGAACAAGUGGAGGUUCAGAAGCAUGUGGACAUCAGGAUGGACGCGUACACGACGUACAUCAACACCCUGCUGGAGAAGGCCUGCAAGAUCGUCUCGGAGCAGUUCGCCUCAAGCGGCUUCAGCGUCUCCGACCAGAGCCUCCCGGAGCUGUCCUCAGGCGGCGUCAUGUGCGGCACCGCCACCGACGCGCUGAGCUCCUCCGUGUUCCACCAGCUCUCCGUCAGCUCGAUCAACAUGCACAGCCCGGGGGGCAAACCUUCUCCCUCGGGCAUGGAAGGCCAGCUGCUUCUCCAGAGGUCACCUGAGUUCAAACGCAAGUCAUCCUGCUGAGAUCCAAAUUCUGGGUGGAAAAGUUAGCUUAAUCGUCUGCUGUAGCCAUGUCGAAUCUCGGCCAAUCUGUAAACUUACUCUUGUUUCUCUUGCUACUGCAUACCAAGAAGCAAGUUUUUUAUCGAUUAAUCGUCGACCAAUGUUUAUAUAUAUAAUGCCUAAUGUGCUGCUAGUCAAGUGCCGUGAUUGAUAUGUCACUGUUUUUAUUAUUUAUAUCAUGGCAUUAUUAUGAUCC